AUGGCUUCGACGAUGCAACUCGAAUUCACCCAGGCGAUGACGGAUUUUAAAACCAUGUUCCCCGAUAUGGACGAUGAUGUGAUCGAGGCGGUGCUUCGAGCCAACCAGGGUGCCGUCGACGCGACCAUCGAUCAGCUGCUGGCCAUGAGUACCGAUAACCAGAACGAGCGGUUGCGCCUCGAGAUAGAGCGCGUGGAGAGCAGCUCUCCCUCUCGUCGCAGAGAUCGGCGAACCAAUCGACCGCUCGAGAACGGCGAAGACAACGACACUACAGCUCUUGUUGACGUAGAAGAUGAAUCUGUGCCACUGGCUGUGCGAAAGAAGUGGGUUCCACGAAUGCUAGGGCCUUUACCGCCCAUGUUCCUGCGAAUUCCUCCAAACACCGACGCAAGAAUAGAUUUAAAUCUGGAAAUGGAUGACGACCGCAUCGCCACAUUCUUGCAAAAUGAGGAAUUCAUGGCUGAAUUGCGUUGGAACCAAGAGUUCAUCGCAGCGUUGGAUAGCGAUCAGGGGAAUAAAACAAAAUGCCAUGAUGACGACGCCGCAUUUAAAGAAAGACUGAAGAAUAUGGGCAAGUUGUCAAGGAAGAAAUUUGCGCAAUUAUCGCGAAUGUUCAGCCGUGGAGGGUCACGACGAAGCGGAAGCGCCAGGGCUCCGCCCCGUGGCCCGCCAGACAGUCUGUUAUUACAAGAGGAGCACAGUGACGAUGACGACAAAUCGCACACUCAAAACGUUAAAAUAUAA